AUGGUUUUCCCCUUGUUUCUUGACCUUCCCCUUCUUGUAGCCAGGAAUUCUAUUUUGCCAUCAAAGCAGCAUCCUCCUUCACACCAUUUUCCGCACCAUUUUCCAACGGGUGGGGGCAUUCGAGCCCAACUAAGGAACUCCCGUGCCAAGAGCAGCCGCGUGCGCGGCUUCGCUUUGCUUGCACUUGGCACAUGUGCGCUUUGGAGCUUCCAAGGCCAGCAGGCUUUCAGCCAGGCACCAGUGGUGGAGGAGUCUUCCAGCAUGGGAAAGAUGAUCGCGGACCAUGCGCUGUUGAUCUCCUUGGCUUUGAUGGCUGUGUGCGGUGCCUUCGCAUACACGGAGAAGCCGCUGCCUGCGGCAGCAGGCCCAGCUGAGAAGCGAGCGGACUACAGCAGCUUUGUGAUGAUCUCGAACAUCCUUUGCUUCACCUCUGGCUUCGUGAACGCCUUGGCCAUCAUCGACAUGGGCAUGACCGUCUCCCACCAGAGCGGCAACACUAGCCACACAGGCCGUCUCAUCAUGAACGGAGGGGCCAAGUUCUUUCACCUGAUGUUGUCCUUCGCUACGGGCUCUUUCGUAGCGGGCUACACCAAGUGUGACCAGGAGGCCAUCUACCAGGGCCGUUACUGUCCCAACCUGUUGGCCUCAGCAUUUGCCGUGAUGUUCGGCUGCCUGAUCCACUACUGCAAGGCCGAGGCCGGCAUGCCCAACGAUGCUGCCUCCGAGUGCUUGCUGCUGUGGGCCUUCUCGCAGGGCAUCCAGAACGGCAUCACCCGAAGAUGCAGCUCUCUGCCAGUUUGCACCACGCACUUCACCGGCUACCUCACCGACUUCGGUGUGGGCCUGGGCUUGUGGGCCCGCGCGCAGGCAGAGGGCGCUGAGCCACCUACCUUGCUGAAGGUCUUCCUCUUCGGCUCCGGCAUCUUCUUCUUCGGGCUGGGCGGUGUGGCGGCCAUGGAGACCCACCCCGUUUGGGGAGUGCAGGCGGCGCUGAUCCCUGCUGCCAUCAUGGCAGCGGUGGCUGGGGGCCUUAUCCCGGUCAUCAAGCAGGGUGCCAAAUCAGCCUGA